AUGGCAGAAGCAAUCACCAUUGCCCUUUCACUCACUGGUAACUUCUGCUAAACGUGUUCCUUUAACAUGAAUUUCCAUCUGAUUUCAGAGAGCUGGAUAUGAUUUCCACGAGGGUGAUGGACAUUAAGCUUCGGGAGGCUGCCGAGGGCCUUGGGGAGGAUAGCACAGUGGACAGGAUGCCCAAGAAAUAUUGGCGCACACGAGAUGCCCAGUGUGUGCAGAGGGAGUCGAGGGGCAUGCUGGGCAGCCGGGCCCUAUCCCACGACAGUAUUUUCAUUCCUGAGUCUGGACAGGACCCUACUCGGCCUGUGCGGGUGUUUUCCCAAGAAAAUGUGUGUGAUCGCAUUAAAGCUCUGCAGUUAAAAAUACAGUGUAAUGUCAAAAUGGGGCCACCACCUCCUCCAGGGGGGCUUCCUGCCAAGCGGGGAGACGAUGCUGGCAUGAGCUCUGAGGACGACGGACUACCCAGGAGCCCCCCAGAGAUGUCUCUGCUGCAGGAUGUGGGUCCUGGCACAACUAUAAAGGUCUCUUUAGUGUCCUCAUCCCGGCCAGUGUCUCCAGACCACGUGAGCGACACCACGGUCUCCCCCCGGACCUCUGACAGCAGCCUGGUGCCCGUGGCUGAUUUUAGUUACCCUCCGGAAUUCUCCUCCUGCCUGGACAACUCUGCAGCCAAGCACAAGCUCCUGGUUAAGCCCCGCAACCAGCGGUCGAGUAAAAUGAGGCGGCUGUCUUCGCGUGCACAGUCUGAAUCCCUGAGCGAUCUGACUUGCACCCCAGAGGAGGAGGAAUUUGAUGAGAAGCCAUUACCCGAAGUCAGCACAGAAGAGAGCUCCAGCUCUGGGCAGCAAGACAUGGUGCUGGACAGAGGCCCUGAGCCCAGGGGAGCAGCCACCUUGCUGCAACCUGGAGGGCCCCGUGCUAGACGCGCCCGCCUGCAGCACUGCCCAGCGCUCAGUGCCAGCGUUGAGGAGGGGAGCUGCCCUGGGGAUGACCUCUCAAGCCGCCUGGCCACCCCAGAGGCCACUGAGCCCGUGUCAGUCCCAGCUCCCUGCUUGGAGUCCCCAUCUCUGCCAGAGGGAUCCCCACACCCUAGUCCCGAUGGGGAAAACCAGGAGGAGGGACUGUCCACCACAGAAGCAGGUCCCCCAGCUGGGGACACAGCUGGCGAGGUGCUUUGUGCUCCUGGAGACGUCAGAAGUUCAUUAUCUAUUUCAGUCCCUUUGGGGAACACAACACCUCCCGAGAUUGUCACUACUGCCACCUUGGAGAUGCUCUCUGGUCCAGACGGGCCAGACCAAAGUGUUCCAAAGGAAGCGGAGCCGCGGCUGGAAGUGACCCGGCCGGAGGGGACCGGGAAAGACCCUGCCCCGGCGCCCGCCCCGAGCCCCCCGGCGCCCAAGAGCUGCCUGAAGCACAAGGCCUCGGCCCCCUACUCAGGAAUCAAUAGUGAAGUGGCCCACCCCUCACCCAUGCUGAAGGUGAUGGCAGCACCUUCUGCAGGCUGA